AUGAAUACCGCUGCAGACCACUCGACAUACGGAGCCGGCAAUGCCACCGCAAAUACCAGCGAACGCUUGGAUCCGAAAACAUUUAGAAGACCGGAUCUUGAUACAAUUUCUCAUAGCGCCGAGGCCCUGGCCGCAAGUGCCCAAGUUGCAGCUGAGAGCAUGGAAAGAAUUGCUGAUUCAGUAGACCGGGUGGUCAGGAAUGUCCAUGGCAUCCAUGUCAUUGGAAAUUUGCUCGUCGAUCAUAUCAACUACUACGGAUGUUGGAUGCAGAAGGUCGCAGCCAUCCAAAUUGAUCAGGGAUACCAAGUAAUCCAGGCACUGGCCAACAUCGGAGAGCAUCUUGGAGAUGCCAACAGUAUCACCGUGUCCGGAAGCGGAGGCCCCGACGGCUUUGCGAAACACGUCUACGACUUCAUCAAAGAGAAAAUCGGUGUGAUCCAGGAGGCGGAAAGGGACAAUCAUCGUUUCUUUGUCUACCAUCCUGACACAAACUGGUAUCCAGCAUUUUAUCGACUGAUCACGGAGACACCUCUUCCGCCUACGUUUUGUGCCAAGUCAGAUAACUUGGACAAGUGCUGUCUGUACAUGCAAGAAGUUAGGGCGCAAUUAAAAAGAGAGUCGGAGCGUGAGCAGGACAUUAUUUUCCACCUACUCAUCCCCUCAUGGUACUCCAUCUCCUUCAAGCAGCCCUUACAUUUUCCCGAUUGCCUUCAGCCAUUCAAAGUGGAGGGGCAGAAGCACAAGCUCAAGGAGUAUGUUGAGUUCAACCUUCCAGCAGCGCCUGCUGGUCUUUUGGACGGCGUUGCGAACGUUCUCGACCCCAAAGGCUCGAACAUGAUAGCAGCAGGGGUUUCGACCGCCACGACACUGCCGGUGGUGGGCUGGGGUAUUAACGGUGCCUGUCUUGCUGCCGCUCUUGGCCUAGGUGCUCUCACAGGAUUGGGACCGGUGGCUGCUGUUCCGAUCUGGUUUGGCACCGCAAUGCCGGCUAUGAGUGCGGCAGCACCAGCUAUUCAAGAAACUCUGUACAAGGCUCUCUGUGAAGAAGAACCAAGAGUGUUGGGAUCCACUCAACCCCUAAAACAUGGAAGACGUUGA